AUGAGUCCCGUCUUGCAGAUCUGUAACUGUCUGAAUGGAGGGAGCUGCCAAUACAACAGUGUGGUUGAGAACCAUCUGCAGGGCAAAUUUCAGAUUGUCGGAUGUCUGUGUCCUCCGGGCUUCAGUGGCAAGUUCUGUGAUAACAGAACAGAUGUGUGUAAAGGCAAACCCUGUUUUCCUGGAGUGGAGUGCAGACAGAAAGAUGCAGACAGCUUCACAUGUGGACAGUGCCCUCCACCAACUGUAUCCCAGGGCAAACAAGGAUACAAGUGCUUUGAAAAUGACUUCUGUCUCCCUCCUUCUCCCUUCCCCUGCCAUGAGAUGGCAGACUGCUCCAGUACCGGGUACAACUACACAUGUACAUGCAAGCAGGGCUACACUGGGGACGGAAAAGAGUGCACAGAUAUUAAUGAGUGUCUGGACCCCUCUGCCUGCCCCAAUGCCAAGUUUGAAUGUGUGAACAUGCCAGGCUCAGUGCGCUGCUCAUGUCGUUAUCACAACACCAGGGACUCCGAUGGCUGUGGGGAGUCAGCUAAUCCCACUGGCUGGAAUGUUUUUAAUGUCUCCAUGCACUGGGGCCAACAAGAGUCUGGACAAGGACUGAGUCAGUUACAGCAUAUCCUGUCUCAGGGUUUCAAAAACAAGUUCUACAAUGCCAGUGUUAUGCCUUCUGACCCGCAAUUGGCAAGCGGACUGAGUGAGUACAGGAUCAAUGUGUCUAGUGACACCCCGCACUGGUAUGUCAUGGACUACCUCAACCGAGUCAGUCAGUACUAUGGCAUCCACUCAGCCUAUGUGGGGGACCUUGAUGAAUGCGAAGUAAAUGAGGCUGUCUGCUCAAAACCUGCCCAGUGUGCCAAUACCUAUGGAGGCUACAGGUGUGUGUGCAACGGCACUGAUCUAAAGGAAGCACAGUCAUGCAAAAUCAGUAAGGACAUUAUCAUUCCAUUACUCAUUAGCUUUUUCAAAAUAUGCCCUUAUAUUAUACAACUGGUAGAAUGA